AUGUCUAAAGCUGUUGGUAUUGAUUUAGGUACAACCUACUCCUGUGUCGCUCAUUUCGCUAACGAUAGAGUCGAAAUUAUUGCUAAUGACCAAGGUAAUAGAACUACUCCAUCUUUCGUUGCCUUCACCGAUACUGAAAGAUUGAUUGGUGAUGCUGCUAAAAAUCAAGCUGCUAUGAACCCAGCUAACACUGUUUUCGAUGCCAAACGUUUAAUUGGUAGAAAAUUCGAUGACCACGAAGUUCAAGGUGAUAUCAAACAUUUCCCAUUCAAAGUUGUUGACAAAGCCAGUAAACCAAUGAUUCAAGUUGAAUACAAAGGUGAAACCAAAACUUUCUCCCCAGAAGAAAUCUCAUCUAUGAUCUUGGGUAAAAUGAAGGAAACCGCUGAAGGUUUCUUGGGUACCACUGUUAAAGAUGCUGUUGUCACUGUCCCAGCUUACUUCAAUGAUUCCCAAAGACAAGCUACCAAAGAUGCUGGUACCAUUGCUGGUUUGAACGUUAUGAGAAUCAUUAACGAACCAACCGCUGCUGCCAUUGCUUACGGUUUGGACAAAAAAUCUGAAGCCGAAAAGAAUGUUUUGAUUUUCGAUUUGGGUGGUGGUACUUUUGAUGUUUCCUUAUUGUCUAUUGAAGAUGGUAUUUUCGAAGUUAAAGCCACUGCUGGUGAUACUCAUUUGGGUGGUGAAGAUUUUGAUAACAGAUUAGUCAACUUCUUUAUCCAAGAAUUCAAGAGAAAGAACAAGAAGGAUAUCUCCACUAACCAAAGAGCUUUAAGAAGAUUGAGAACUGCUUGUGAAAGAGCCAAGAGAACUUUGUCUUCUUCUGCUCAAACCUCAAUUGAAAUUGAUUCCUUAUACGAAGGUAUUGACUUCUACACUUCAAUCACCAGAGCCAGAUUCGAAGAAUUGUGUGCUGACUUGUUCAGAUCUACUUUGGAACCAGUUGACAAAGUCUUGUCUGAUGCCAAGAUUGACAAAUCUAAAGUUGAUGAAAUUGUCUUGGUUGGUGGUUCUACCAGAAUUCCAAAGGUUCAAAAAUUAGUCUCUGACUACUUUAACGGUAAAGAACCAAACAGAUCAAUCAACCCAGAUGAAGCUGUUGCUUACGGUGCUGCUGUCCAAGCUGCUAUCUUGUCUGGUGACACUUCUUCCAAGACUCAAGACUUGUUGUUGUUGGAUGUCGCUCCAUUAUCAUUGGGUAUUGAAACUGCUGGUGGUAUCAUGACCAAAUUGAUUCCAAGAAACUCCACUAUUCCAACCAAGAAAUCCGAAACUUUCUCCACUUAUGCUGACAACCAACCAGGUGUGUUGAUUCAAGUGUUUGAAGGUGAAAGAGCUCAAACCAAAGACAACAACUUGUUGGGUAAAUUCGAAUUAUCUGGUAUUCCACCAGCUCCAAGAGGUGUCCCACAAAUUGAAGUUACUUUCGAUAUUGAUGCUAAUGGUAUCUUGAAUGUUUCUGCUUUAGAAAAAGGUACUGGUAAAACUCAAAAGAUUACUAUUACUAACGAUAAAGGUAGAUUAUCUAAAGAAGAAAUUGAAAAGAUGGUCAGUGAAGCUGAAAAAUUCAAAGAAGAAGAUGAAAAGGAAGCUUCUAGAGUCCAAGCUAAGAACCAAUUGGAAUCUUAUGCUUACUCUUUGAAGAACACUUUGGGUGAAGAACAAUUCAAAUCUAAAUUGGAUGCUUCAGAAAUUGAAGAAGUCACUAAAGCUGCUGAUGAAACUAUUUCUUGGUUAGAUGCCAACCAAACUGCUACUCAAGAAGAAUUUGCUGAUCAACAAAAAGAAUUAGAAUCUAAAGCUAACCCAAUCAUGACCAAAGCUUACCAAGCUGGUGCUACUCCUUCUGGUGCUGCUGGUGCUGCUCCAGGUGGUUUCCCAGGUGGUGCUGCCCCAGAACCAUCUAACGAUGGUCCAACUGUUGAAGAAGUUGAUUAA